UCGAAGUCUGUUGAUGCACGCGAGCUUCUGUUUGAUCUUUAAAUGAGGUGUGCGGUAAUUGCUGCAUUUCAGGUGAAUACAGCUGAAUUACAUUUCAGUUAAUUUUGAAGCUGAAUGUAGUGUUCAGCCGUUUAGAAGAGUGCCUGUUAACUUUAUUGGUCUUGUUACUUGGUGCUGAAUGAGUGUUUGAGGCGUGUAGGGACGGAGUGCGGUGUGUUUGUUUAUUAUUCCUGAGCUCAUGGCGGAAGUGUUCGCCGGACGCACGCUCCUGAAUAAAGAAGGAGAAGUGCGGGACGCUGAGGACUGCCUCCGGAAUAAAGUGGUCGGGUUGUAUUUCUCCGCCGGCUGGUGCCCUCCGUGCCGCGACUUCACGCCCGUGCUGUGUGAUUUUUACACCGAGCUGGUGGAAGAGAGCGACCCUCCGGCUCAGUUCGAGAUCGUUUUUAUUUCCUCGGAUAAAUCCGCCGAAGACAUGACGGAAUAUUAUCACGACAUGCACGGGGACUGGCUCGCGCUGCCCUGGACCGACCAGUACAAGCACGAGCUGAAGAAGAGGUACAACAUCACAGCCGUACCCAAGCUGGUGAUUGUGAAGGAGAACGGGCAUGUGAUCACUGACAAAGGCAGGAAGCAGAUCCGAGAUCAGGGCCUGGCCUGCUUCAGGAACUGGCUGGAAGUUGCCGAAAUCUUCCAAAAUUUCAAAUGCUAGUGAAUUCAGUUAGUUUCAUCCCGCACUUUAACGGAGGAGAACGGGUGAACGUGUGUGUGUGUUUAGGGUGGGCGGUGUCUGGACACUUUAUAACUAUGCUUUAUAAAAAAAUAUUUUUAAAUGCUUGUACUGUAUGUAAGUUUAUUAUUGCUGCUGUGUUAUCAUCAGAAGCAGUUAUGCUCAGUUGUAGGAUAGAGGAUGAGUGUGUGCUGUAUUGAGGACUGUCGCUACACUGGUACUCAGGGACUGUUUUAUGUCUAGCAUUGUCAUGGCACUUGAGAUUCCCCGGCGUUUCAUUAAAACACUGUGAUGAAUUCCC